AUGUCACUCAUCCAGGAGGAACAUCCCCACAUGUCACUCAUCCAGGAGGAACAUCCCCACAUGUCACUCAUCCAGGUGGAACAUCUUCACAUGUCACUCAUCAAGGUGGAACAUCCCCACAUGUCACUCAUCCAGGUGGAACAUCCCCACAUGUCACUCAUCCAGGAGGAACAUCCCCACAUGUCACUCAUCCAGGUGGAAUAUCCCCACAUGUCACUCAUCCAGGUGAAACAUCCCCACAUGUCACUCAUCCACGUGGAACAUCUUCACAUGUCACUCAUCCAGGAUGAACAUCCCCACAUGUCACUCAUCCAGGUGGAACAUCCCCACAUGUCACUCAUCCAGGUGGAACAUCCCCACAUGUCACUCAUCCAGGUGGAACAUCCCCAUAUGUCACUCAUCCAGGUGGAACAUCCCCACAUGUCACUCAUCCAGGUGGAACAUCCCCACAUGUCACUCAUCCAGGAGGAACAUCCCCACAUGUCACUCAUCCAGGUGGAAUAUCCCCACAUGUCACUCAUCCAGGUGGAACAUCCCCAUAUGUCACUCAUCAAGGUGGAAUAUCCCCAUAUGUCACUCAUCCAGGUGGAACAUCCCGAAAUGUCACUCAUCCAGAUGGAACAUACAGGUGGAACAUCCCCACAUGUCACUCAUCCAGGUGGAACAUCCCCAAAUGUCACUCAUCCAGGAGGAACAUCCCAAACAUGUCACUCAUCCAGGAGGAACAUCCCAAACAUGUCACUCAUCCAGGAGGAACAUCCAAGCAUGUCACUCAUCCAGGUGGAACAUCCCCACAUGGUACUCAUCCAGGUGGAACAUCCCCACAUGUCAUUCAUCCUGGGGAACAUCCCCACAUGUCACUCAUCCAAGAGGAUCAUCCCCACAUGUCACUCAUCCAGGAGGAACAUCCCCACAUGUCAUUCAUCUAGGUGGAACAUCCCCACAUGUCACUCAUCUAGGAGGAACAUCCCAAACAUGUCACUCAUCAAGGUGGAACGUCCCCAUAUGUCACUCAUCCAGGUGGAACAUCACCAUAUGUCACUCAUCCAGGUGGAACAUCCCCACAUGUCACUGAUCCAGAUGGAACAUCCCCACAUGUCACUCAUCCAGGUGGAACAUCCCCAUAUGUCACUCAUCCAGGUGGAACAUCACCAUAUGUCACUCAUCCAGGUGGAAUAUCCCCACAUGUCACUCAUCCAGGUGGAACAUCACCAUAUGUCACUCAUCCAGAUGGAACAUACAGGUGGAACAUCCCCACAUGUCUCUCAUCCAGGUGGAACAUCCCCACAUGUUACUCAUCAAGGUGGAACAUCCCCACAUGUCACUCAUCCAGGAGGAACAUCCCAAACACGUCACUCAUCCAGGAGGAACAUCCCAAACAUGUCAAUCAUCCAGGUGGAACAUCCCCACAUGUCACUCAUCCAGGUGGAACAUCCCCACAUGUCACUCAUCCAGGUGGAACAUCCCCUUAUGUCACUCAUCCAGGUGGAACAUUCCCACAUGUCACUCAUCCAGGGGAACAUCCCCACAUGUCACUCAUCCAGGAGGAACAUCCCCACAUGUCACUCAUCCAGGAGGAGCAAGUAUGUCACAUGUGAUACAGUCAUGAAUGGAGCAAGUACGUCACAUGUGAUAGAAGUCAUGAAUGAAGCAAGUACGUCACAUGUGAUACAGUCAUGA